CGAAGAUCUGCGAUUCUGUGGCCCAGUCUUGAUGAACGGCGGUUGGAUAAGAAGACUGUGAGACUAACAGAUCAUAGUAGUGUAUUUACAGCGGACGUUGGAACCAGUGUUGGAGAUUCCUCCGUUGUGGAAGAGACUCAGGGCGGUGACCUGCCAUUCCCAAGCUAGACAAGCCUUCAAGCGCAGAAUCCCGGCUGCAGGGAUGAGCGAGACUGGAGUUACGCAGGUCCUGUCGCUGUCGGGCUCUCCGCUUUCAUUCAAAGCUCAGCCUCGGACCCUGCACUUGCCUUUCCCCUCUGAUCAUAGUGACUGUUUCCGAGACCCCAGGGUGCGAUUCCAGUUGGUGAAAACUAAGCCAGAUCCUGGACGGGAGGUCACGUUGUGCACCAGUCCGCGUGUCUCUGUCCUGCCUGCGAAGAUGUUGGCAUACCGGGAAAGAUCUUCUGCUUUGGAAUAUUUUAUUUUAUUUUCAAGGAACACCUUGUUUCAGAUUACAUAAUUGCAAGAACUGAUGGGAAUCCCAUCUUAAAUUCAUCUAGUUUCCGCCUCUAUUGAACGAUUCCUUCCUAGCAGACAGGACUCUCAAUAAGGCAAGUAUUUACUGACUCAUUUUCUUAAUUAGCUUGACUUUUUUUCUGAGAUAGUGUGUCGGUAUAUAGACCAGGCUAACCUCGAAUUUGUGAUCCUCGUGUCCAGCCUCGGAAGUUGCUGGUAUUAUAGGCCUGUGUGUUAGAGGCCAACCUGGUCUACAUAGUGAAUUCUGGGACAGGACUUUGUAGGAGACGGUUUCAAAAAAGAAAAAGAAAAUCCACUCAGGGCCUGUGCUUACCUAAUACCACUUGUACAAAAUUUAAUCCUUAUGCGUAGGCAGCAAAACGCGUUACUUCUGCUUUCAAUUUCGGCUUGUAGCCACGCCUCCCUGGCUUGGCUGUUCUGCUGUCCGACACUCCCACCCCAGUCACACCUUUCCGUCUGGAAUGAAGUUCUGCUCCUCGUCCUUAGCGCUUAGAUCUGUUCCAAUCUCUCCCAAAUGCUUUACGUUCCGAAAAGACUUCCCAGGCGCUACCCAACCCCCAUACUGGAGAGUGAGCCGGAGGCCUUAUCUUGCGCUCAAGUCCCAGAAAAGUGGCGUUUUUCGUUUGAGUUUUUGUUUGUGUUGGUGUUGGAGGUCGAAUCUAGGGCAUGGUAGCAGCCAAAGGCUCUCCUUGAACUGCACUUUCAGCCCAGCGAUGCUUUUAUUUAGGGCUCCAUCCCUGCUCUUAACCACCCUUCCAGACCUAAGAUCACCAGCCUUUCCCUUCGUCGUUCAACCCAUUCCAAACGUGAUCCCAUCGCCUAUAUCGGACCUUGUUCCGCCUAAACUAGGCUUUAUAAAUUUUGUCUUCUGUCCCAGCUAGUUCACUUGGUUCUUGCCACACCUCAGCCCUUUCCCACUCAAGUCAUGGUUUUUGGGAUUGUUGCUCUGUUACCUUUCCCGUGCUUAGGUCAUGCCUUCUGGGUCCGGCCCCAGGCUGGUCUCUGCCUUGGCAUCGUCCCAAAAGCUCUUUCAGCUCAAGUUAAGCCUUCAGGGCAUUUCGCUAGUCCCUUAGCUGGACGCGCCCCUGGCCUCUUCCAUCUUAAAUCACGCCUUCCCAUUGUGGCUGACAACCUCCAAUCUCCUCCUCUGCCCCUGGCUACACCCCUCCACUCAGUCGCUCUUUUUCAGGCAAAAUGCAGCUAGUACUUCGGCCUCGCUCUCCAUACCCCCUCUCCUCUGUCGCUCCAUCUUGUUUCAGGCUCUCUCCCUCUCCCCCCAAAGGCCGGCCUUUGGAGUGCGCUGCCUUUCCUCAGCCUCGCCCCUGGUCCUGGCCACGCCCAGGACCACUCCCCGCCCGCUCGAGCCACGCCCUCUAGGCGUGCGGCUUUCCUCGCCCGUUCGGAACCUUGCCUGCUUGCCUUGGCUCGCCACGUGUCCCGGCUCUGGCCACGCCCUGAGCCCCCUCCCCGUCAGAGCGCGGCUUCUGGGUUGCCAGCUGGUCCCCUCUGGGUUUGCUGCUUAGACUUAGCUCCACCUCAUGGCUACGCCCCUGAGACGUUCCUGGCUUCGUGCUGGAACGUCUUUAGGUUUGCCGUUCGUCUUCCCUUCUGGCUCUGGCCACGCCUUGUGGCUCCUCCUCACCCAAGCCAUACCUUCUGGGUUUGCGCGCUUCCAGUUACACUCGCUGCCAAGGCCCUCUGGCCUAGUCAGCCCCGGGCCUCAGGGUCGUCCGGCCGGGCCAGCGCAGGCCCGGCGCCUCAGGCACUUUCCUAGGACAGUAGGGAUCCUCGGCAGGCCUCCGAAAGUCGCGCGGGUUUGGCCAGUCCGGCCACCUCAGCGCCCUCAGGGGAGCGCGGUCGCCGCCGGAAACGGAAGCGCGGGACGGCAGGACCAUGGCGACGCUGUUUGACCUCCCAGACUUGGUGCUCUUGGAGAUCUUCUCAUACCUCCCGGUCCGGGACCGGAUCCGCAUCUCCAGGGUCUGUCACCGCUGGAAGAGGCUAGUGGAUGACCGGUGGCUGUGGCGACACGUCGACCUGACCCUCUACACGAUGCGGCCGAAAGUCAUGUGGCACCUCCUGCGCCGAUACAUGGCGUCCCGGCUCCACUCACUGCGCAUGGGCGGCUACCUGUUCUCUGGCUCUCAUGCCCCACAGCUGUCCCCCGCCUUGAUGCGGGCCUUGGGCCAGAAGUGCCCCAACCUGAAGCGUCUCUGCCUGCACGUGGCUGAUCUGAGCAUGGUGCCUAUCACCAGCCUGCCUGCCACGCUGAGAACCCUGGAGCUGCACAGCUGCGAGAUCUCAAUGGCCUGGUUGCAGAAGGAGGUGGACCCCACGGUGCUGCCCCUGCUGGAGUGCAUCGUGCUGGAUCGAGUGCCAGCCUUCCGUGACGAGCACCUGCAGGGCCUUACCCGCUUCAGAGCCCUGCGCUCACUGGUGCUGGGUGGCACCUACCGGGUCACUGAGACCGGGCUGGAUGCCAGCCUGCAGGAGCUCAGUUACCUGAAAAGGCUAGAGGUGCUGGGCUGCACCCUGUCAGCUGACAGCACCCUGCUGGCUAUCAGCCGAAACCUCCGAGAUGUGCGCAAGAUUCGGCUGACCGUUGGGGGCCUCUCAGCCCAGGGUCUGGUUUUCCUGGAGGGAAUGCCUGCCCUGGAGAGCUUGUGCUUCCAGGGUCCCCUCAUCACCCCAGAAAUGCCCACACCUGCUCAGAUUGUGUCCUCCUGCCUCACCAUGCCUAAGCUUAGAGUGCUUGAGGUGCAAGGGCUUGGUUGGGAGGGCCAGGAGGCAGAGAAGGUUCUAUGUAAGGGCCUGCCCAACUGCCUGGUUAUUGUCAGGGCUUGUCCCAAAGAAUCCAUGGAUUGGUGGAUGUGAAGGCAUCACCCAUCCAUCCCUGGGACCUGUCCUAGAUUUCAAAGUUGACCUUCUAAGCACCAAACUGAAACAUGGAAAUUAAUUAGGCUUGAGGGAACUAGAGGUCACAAGGAAAGGAAACCAAGACCUUGGGACCUCCAGAACUGGGGUUAAUCUGUAAUUAGAGUGACCUCAGACUUGUCAUCCAGCCUCUGGGAGGCCCAAUUCACAUGGUUAGGAAUAGGCAUCAUAGCUACCUCAUGAUUCAUUUGUAAUCCCCCCCCACCCUUUUUUCCAGUUCCUGGGGAUCAAUUAGGCAAGCACUGCUGUGCUACUGAAUCACAUAGGAGCCCCAGGAAGCCUUAAUCUCUAACAGAUCCCAGAAGACCCUGAUAGAGGGAUCAUUUUCAGGAAUGGUCAGGUACAAGUGAAUGGGAGCAAGGGCUCUAAGAUCUGCUUGGUAGUCUGCCUCAUGCUUUGGAGACACAGGUCGGGGCAUGCUGUUGAAUUGUCCUAGUGUUCUAAAAGUUUCUCAAUUGUAUUUUAUAUACUGCCUUUUUCAAGUUUUCUACAGCAUAUAAUAUUUUACUAUUAAAGAAAAAAUGUUUUUCAAA